AACUACAUCACGUGACUCGUGAUUCCCUUGCACUCGAUCGCGCACCAAGGUGACCAUCAUUCUCAAACCUCAAUACUUCUUACCACCAUCGACUACUACGCAAGCCAGCAAUAAAGCGCAGGAAUUGUAACCAAGACCUAUAGAAAUUAUGGAUUAUCUGCACGGUUUGAAGGAAUGGACACCGGCAUUUGUCUGGCCUGCUAAGUUUUGCGUCGCUACAACAGUUGCGAGCUACGUUUUAUCCGUCGUGACAGGAAAUGUUUCGCAGGUCGACAGAGUUUGGACAUUUUUGCCAACGAUAUAUACAGCAUAUUAUGCCCUUAUGCCUUUAUGGCCUCGCGCCUCCCCGACGCCAUUGUUUCCCUAUACUCCUCAGGAGGUCGAUUCGUCGAUCACGAGCGACUUCAGUCCCAGGGCAUUACUGAUGCUUGCUAUGGUGACUACGUGGAUGUUCCGGCUCAGCUACAACACUUGGCGGCGUGGUUUGUUCAAUCUAAAAGAUGAAGAUUAUCGAUGGGAAAUAUUGCGUCAGAAAAUACCCUGGUACCUUUUUCAAGUAUUUAACCUAACGUUCAUUGCCAUUGCUCAGAAUAUCAUCCUCUUUCUUCUUGGCAUACCAACGCAAGCUGCCGCCGCUCAACCGCACACACCUCUUGCUCCCUCGGAUUACGUGCUUGGGACCCUUGGUUUUCUCGCCAUUGCAAUAGAAUUCGUUGCUGAUAAUCAGCAAUACUCGUUCCAGACAUGCAAACAUUCGGGAAAGCUUGUGGCCAACGAUUGGCCUGGUGCCCGAAUUCGUUGGACUCCUGAGGAUACCAAGAGGGGUUUCGCGACAAGAGGAUUAUGGGCAUGGUCUAGGCAUCCUAACUUCUUGUGUGAGCAGUCGUUUUGGAUAAUCAUCAAUCUCCUCCCUUUAUUAUCCCCCUCAUCUCCCAGUCUCACUUUUCCUCCCUCUUCAUUGACGUCACUCGCCCCUCUUGCUCCCUGCCUAGUGUUGUGUACCCUGUUCUUCUCAUCAACUCGGUUCUCAGAGGCUAUCUCUUUAUCAAAAUACCCUGUGGCAUAUGCGGCAUAUCAACGGAGAGUUGGAAUGUUUGUACCCCUAGCAACCCCCCUGUGGGGAUUUCUGCUCCGUUUACAGGGAGAAAAGGACGAAGUGGAUCGACUUAUAUUUGGCUCACACGAUGCGAAGAAAUCGGAGUAAAUGGUCUAAUAAUGCCUCUUGAAAAAAAAACCCCACAUUUCCUUUGACGCCCUUAGUAUUUUACCUUUCAAAUUUUGGACCGGGUAUGUGAUAGUACGAGUUGUACGAUAUGUGUUUAUCAUCCGUUUUGCUAAUCGAAUGUCUGGUUUAUUCGAAA